UCAUUCUUGACCUUCUUCCUCCCACACCCUAUCGACGACGACGACAAAACUCAGACAUGGCGGAUCAGUUGACCGACGAUCAGAUCGCGGAGUUUAAGGAAGCCUUCAGCCUAUUCGACAAAGAUGGCGAUGGUUGCAUCACUACCAAAGAGCUUGGGACAAUGAUGAGAUCAUUGGGGCAGAAUCCAACAGAAGCUGAGCUACAUGACAUGAUAAAUGAGGUAGAUGCUGAUGGCAAUGGGACCAUUGAUUUCCCAGAGUUUCUAAAUCUGAUGGCCAGGAAGAUGAAGGACACUGACUCUGAAGAGGAGCUGAAAGAGGCUUUUAGAGUGUUCGAUAAGGACUAGAACGGUUUCAUCUCUGCUGCCGAGCUUCGUCAUGUGAUGACAAACCUUGGUGAGAAGCUAACUGACGAAGAAGUUGAUGAGAUGAUAAGAGAGGCCGAUGUUGAUGGCGGUGGUCAGAUCAACUAUGAGGAGUUCGUUAAGGUUAUGAUGGCCAAGUGAUCCCACCCACCACGACCACAAGUUAUAAUCUUUAAUAUGUUGUCUUGUGGUUUUACAUAACUAGAAUUCUUUUUUACAAAACAAGGUAUUGAAUUUGGAUGUGUUGAGCUAAAAAAAAAA